GUUGUAGUGUUGGGCGACUGUAUGGAGCCAGCAUAAGAACUAAUAAAAUGUACUCUGUGUUUGUUGGUGGUUCGAGUUUUCAGUUUUAAGAUAAAGUACUCUGUGGUUUGAGUGACUAGCUAGGACUUAUUAUCUACGUAGUGUUUAAAUUCUCUUUCCUAUUUUUCUAACUUUUACAGAGUUUUGGAUCAGAUAAUUUUUAAUUGAAGUCUACUGACUACUCUGCUCAGUCGUCAGUACCUAAUCAUUAAUUAUUAGUAUUCACUAUUCAGUACUCAAUUAUUAUUAAACUUAUUUUGUAUGUGAUACUUCCUAUUUCAAGUGACUUUUUUUGGAUUAAUUAUGAUAUAUUUUCAGAGCUCGUUUAGCCCGCCUAACAACUGCGUAGAAUGAACUCUUCUUCCAGUCAAAAAUCAGCUUGCAUUUUUUGCAAUAUUGUGAAUAAGUUGGAAGAUACUGAGAUAUUAUAUGAAGAUGAUUUAGUGUGCGUCUUCAGGGAUAUUCGGCCCGCCACCAAGUACCAUAUUUUGAUCAUUCCUAAAAGACACAUAGAUGAUACUAAAUCAUUGAAACCUAGUGAUAAGGAUCUUGUUGAAAGAAUGUUAUCAGUAGCAAAAGAAAUGGUAACUAAAAACAACUACACUGUUGAAGACACAAGGUUCGGUUACCACUGGCCACCAUUCCGGAGUGUGAAACAUCUACAUUUGCAUGCAAUAGCACCAGAAUCUGAGAUGGGUUACAUAGCACGGAUGGUUUUUAUGAAGAACUCAUAUUGGUUUGUUUCUGUAAGUAGUUGUCUUUCCUUGAAACAAAUUGAUGGACAUCCCAUGUAG